AUGUUCGGAGUACGAAGGUCUUGCAAUAAAGCAUCGGCUUUUGGAAAAGUCGUUAGGAAUAUUUCCGGCGCAUCAUCUGCCAGGACGCCAAUGCCUACUUCGGUUAGUAAUGCAUCCCUUAAUGAUGCAGUGCCACCUAAGGGAUCUGCUGUUUCGUUGGGCAACAGCAAAAGAGAUGACUCAUUGUAUGGAACAAGGCCCAUCUACUUAGAUAUGCAAGCCACUACGCCAACUGAUCCUCGUGUUUUGGACAAAAUGUUAGAGUUCUAUACAGGAUUGUAUGGGAAUCCUCAUUCCAGUACACACAGCUAUGGUUGGGAAACAGAGAAAGAGAUAGAGAAAGCAAGAAAGUACAUUGCUGAUGUUAUAGGUGCUGAUCCAAAGGAGAUUGUGUUUACCAGUGGUGCCACAGAAUCUAAUAACAUGUCGGUAAAGGGAGUUGCAAGAUUUUACAAGAAAACCAAGAAGCACAUUAUCACAACCCAAACUGAGCAUAAGUGUUUACUUGAAUCUGCUCGUAGGUUACAAGAUGACGGCUUUGAUAUUACCUAUCUUCCGGUCAAUGAGGACGGUCUGGUUAACCUUGAACAACUGGAGAAGUCCAUUCGCAAGGAUACUUGCUUAGUAAGUGUCAUGGCCGUGAACAAUGAAAUUGGUGUUAUUCAACCAUUGGAGGAAAUUGGUCGCAUUUGUCGAAACCACAAAGUCUUUUUCCACACCGAUGCCGCUCAGGCAUUCGGUAAAAUACCUUUAGAUGUCAACAAACUUAAUAUCGACUUGAUGUCUAUUUCCUCGCAUAAGAUAUACGGUCCAAAAGGUAUGGGUGCUUGCUACGUAAGGAGAAGACCAAGGGUACGAUUGGAUCCUAUUAUCAGCGGUGGUGGACAGGAAAGAGGUCUCAGAUCUGGUACUCUUGCCACUCCAUUAGUAGCAGGGUUUGGGGAAGCGGCCCGACUAGCUGUGCAGGAAUAUGAGUAUGACACCAAAUACAUUUCUCGUCUUUCUCAGAAGUUGAUGAAUGGUAUUCUGUCUAUGGAGCACACACAGCUGAAUGGCUCCAAAACAUCACGCUAUCCAGGAUGUCUGAACAUUUCUUUUGCCUAUGUUGAAGGUGAGUCUUUAUUAAUGGCUUUGAAGGACAUUGCUUUGUCCUCCGGAUCAGCUUGUACCUCAGCCUCUCUGGAGCCUUCAUAUGUGUUACAUGCCCUUGGUGCUGAUGAUGCCCUAGCACAUUCGUCUAUCCGAUUUGGAAUCGGAAGAUUUACCACAGAACAGGAGAUAGACUAUGUUAUUGAUGCUAUCAACCAAAGAGUGCAGUUUUUGCGAGAGUUGUCUCCACUGUGGGAAAUGGUUCAAGAAGGUAUUGAUCUGAACAGCAUUGAAUGGUCUGGACACUAG